AUGGCAACUUGCAGAUAUAGUCUUAACGCUCUGCGUCGCGCGUCAUCAUCAGCCGCUGUUGCCUCAACGGCCAGUCAAAGAACUGCUCCUCAAACGAAAGCUGGCCAAUAUGGUAUUCCACAACGGAUUAAACUACCAAAGGAAAGUAUAAAUGUAACUAAAUUGCAAAAUGGAAUGGUCGUAGCUUCGAUGGAAAAUAACUCACCAAUCUUUCGCGUAGCAGCUGUUGUGGACGCUGGAGCAAAAUAUGAACCAUAUGAAAGUCGAGGUGUUACAACACUUCUUCGAGUGUUCUCCAACAUGAGCACGAAGUACGUCAGUCGUCAUGGUAUAACAAAAAAUUUGGAACGUCUCGGUGCCAACUUCAAGUGUGUCCAAACUCGCGAACAAAUGAUUUAUUCAAUUGAAGGCCUCCGAAAUGAAUUAACACAUGGAGCACAAUUUUUAGUUCCAAUUGUUUGCUAUCCGAUGUUUAAGCCAUAUGAGAUUCAUGAUGAACAUGAACGAUUAGAAGUUGAUCAUAAGCUUUAUUUACAAUCACCGGAAUUACAACUAAACGAUCUUCUUCAUGAAGCUGCGUUCAAGGGCGGUUUGAGCCGAGCGUUAUCUGUUUGUCCGGAUAUGAUGAAAAAGCUCUCUCACAGACAAAUGUAUACGUUUCAUUCCCAUUAUUACACACCAGAACGCAUAUCUUUGGUCGGAACCGGCUGUAAUCAUCAAACACUCGUUCAAUUAGCCGAUAAAUUUCGUUUUUCACCAUUGGAUUGCGUCUAUACACCAGGUUUUGGAAAUCUGAAAUUAAUCGAUUCAGAGCCUGAACCAUCGAAAUACAAAGGAGGAGAACUCCGACGUGACACCCAAUCAAGUUUAGUUCAUGUCGCCUUGGCAUGCGAAGGUGUUAGUUCGAAAGACGAAAAAGGUGUUUUAACAAGUUCGCUCUUGAAUGAAAUCAUGGGCAAAGGUCCAAAUAUCAAAUGGUCAAGUGGUUCGAAUCGACUUCAACGUGCUGCACAAGCAGUUGCUGAUGCACCGUGUUUGGUUUCAUCAUUCAAUCUUCAUUAUACCGAAGCCGGUCUCUUCGGCGUUCACAUGAUGUGCGACAAGAACGAUGCAAAUAAGGUUGUUAAAGCUGUCUGGAAUGAGUUUAGCAAGGUUUUGAAGAACGGUAUUAGUAAAGAUGAUUUAACAACUGCUAAAAAAAAGCUCCAAGUUAACCUUCAGAUGACAGCUGAACAAUCAUCUGAUGUCUUCUCAAAGAUGUUAACACAACCCGAUAUUAGUGAUCGCAUAACCGAUGUUCAAUCACUGGUUGGACAAUUAGAACAAGCUGACUAUUCCCAUGAAUCGGUCAAUCAAUUAGCAAAGAAGAUGUUAAGUGGAAAACAACCAACGUUAGUUUCGAUUGGAAAUCUUAAGUCAAUGCCAUAUAUUGAUGAUUUACGAGCAUAA